AUCACUUUCCAAGAAAAUGUGAAAAGUUUUUUUCCUGAUCAAAACCAUUUUCUUACACAAAAACCUCUCCUGUCCUCCGAUCUAAGAACUCCACCGGAACUUUCUCUCACCUGUCUCCGAUCAAUCAUAACACGACCCCAAUUCGAUUUCCACCGCUCUCCUCGUCAUCGUCUUGUUCGCGCCUUCUCAACAAACCCUAGCUCUAUUCUACAGGAGAAAAUCCGUCUGUUAAACAUUGUGGACCGAACCAUCGUCUUCAGCUUCACACCCGUUAUUUGACCGGAUCGUUUUCUGAUCCACAGAAGAUUAGUUCUUCACCAGUAUCAAAGGUUUCGCAUUUAGCCUUUUGAUUUUUGAGGUUUGGGUGGUACCGAAAAUGGCGACGAGGAACCGGAGUAUAUUGUUCAGGAAGUACAGAGAUGCAUUGAAAAGCGUUAGGGUUCCUUCGGAUUCUUUGCCGUCAUCUUCGUCGAAUCGCGGUGGUGGUCCUGUGAUCGAAUUGUCCACCACUUCGCUUCUUAAUCCCAAUCGCUCUUAUGCUCCCCUCAGUACUGAGGAUCCCGGAGCCUCCAGUAGAGGUGUACUUACAGUGGGUCUACCUCCAGCUUGGGUGGAUGUAUCUGAAGAAAUAGCAGCAAAUGUGCAACGUGUGCGGACCAAAAUGGGUGAGCUAGCCAAAGCUCAUGCCAAGGCUUUAAUGCCCUCAUUUGGAGAUGGUAAAGAAGAUCAACGUAGGAUUGAGGCUCUGACUCAAGAGAUAACUGGUCUUCUUAAAAAAUCAGAGAAGAGGUUACAGAGACUCUCUGCAGGUGGGCCUUCUGAGGAUUCCAAUAUUAGGAAAAAUGUGCAGCGCUCUCUCGCUACUGACCUUCAGAGCCUUUCAAUGGAGCUUCGCAAGAAGCAGUCAACUUAUUUGAAGCGCCUCCAACUGCAGAAAGAGGGUCCAGAUGGUGUUGACUUAGAAAUGAACUUAAAUGGAACGAAUUCCAGAAGAGAAGACAGUGAUGACUUGGAUGACUUUGUGUUUAAUGAGCAUCAAAUGGCGAAACUAAGGAAAAGCGAGGCAUUCACUGCAGAAAGGGAGAGAGAGAUCCACCAGGUUGUGGAAUCAGUAAAUGAGCUUGCUCAGAUUAUGAAGGAUCUAUCAGUGCUAGUCAUUGACCAGGGCACUAUUAUUGAUAGGAUAGACUACAAUAUUGAGAACGUUGUAGCAUCAGUCGAGGAGGGCUUUAAACAGCUGCAGAAGGCAGAGAGAUCGCAGAAACAAGGUGGGAUGGUGACUUGUGCAACAGUUCUCAUCAUCAUGUGCUUCAUCAUGUUGGUCCUCCUUAUCCUCAAGACCAUAUUAUUUUGAUAUGCAAACACAUUCCUCUACAUAUUUCAACACGAAGGUCUUCUUGUUAAGACUCUUCCCUUCAGCGUUUACUCACUGAGACACGCUGCACUUGUCGUCCUUUUUGGAAUACCAUAUGAUUUAGAGUUAUAGGAGGUGUAUUACUUUGUGACUGCUGUAAUUGUCCAUGUAUAGUGCAUUUAUAGAAACUGGGUGAGGGUCUUUUGCAGGAGGAAUAGGUUUUGAUUCUUUUGAUUAGGCAGAUGAUUUUGUAAUUUUGAAGACUCGUCUUUCUGGACUGGUUAAUUUGGACAUUUUAUACAAUAUUCUUUCAAGUAAUAAAAUGGAAUGCAUCCCAUUUUAGCGCC